AUGCAUCGAAACAUGCCAGUCGACUUGGUGCUGGUGCGCCAUGGCCAAUCUGAAGGAAAUUUGGCUCAAAAACUGGCGCGUCAGGGUGAAUUAGAUCUCUGGACGAGCGAAUUUCGUGAUCGCCACAAUAGUUUAUACAGAUUGACUGAUAUGGGAAGGAUGCAAGCUCGAAUAGCGGGUGAAUACAUUCGUCAAAAUAUAUCACCACUCUUUGAUAAAUAUUUCACAUCGGAAUAUGUUCGAGCGAUGGAAACUGCAGCAGCGUUGGAACUUCCUCAUGCUCGUUGGGCAACAGAAGUUUAUUUAAGAGAGCGGGACAGAGGAAUUCUAGCAAACAAACCUCACCACGAGCGCGUCAAAGAGCAUAAGGAAGAAUUUGUUCGGAAGGAACGGGACGCGUUCUAUUGGCAACCGUCUGGAGGAGAGUCUAUCGCGAACCUUUGCCUUCGAGUUGACCGGGUUUUGGAAAAUUUCGGGGAGAACUGUUCCGGCUUGAGAGUUAUUGUAGUUUGUCACGGAGGCGUGAUAAAAUCUUUUAGAGCUUUAAUUGAAAGGGUUCGAUCCACCGAAUAUCGAAGUCACGAUAAAAUCCAUAAUUGUCAAAUCGUAUGGUACACUAGGAGGGAUCCCAAAACUGGUUAUAUUUCUUCCAAGUAUAAUUGGGUCAAAUCCCUUUGUCCCUGGGAUCUUCGCUUAUCUCGUUAUACAAACGAAUGGAAGGAGAUUAAGCGACACGUCUACUCCAACGUUGAACUUCUACGUUCCGUAUCACAAGUUGUCCAACUUGUCAACUGUCCACUCGACCCUAGUGUUGCUGAGUCUGCUUUGCUUGAUCAGAUUGACGGAUUUGCCGACAGUUCAGAUAACUCCGACAUUGACGAACCAGUCCAUAGAUCCAUUCCAUCGGGUAAUUUAUCAGCGUCCAUUUCCUCACUGGGAAAAAGUCCAAUCAACGCCACAAAAACCGGACGGCACUCGCCCACGUUGCAACCUGCUGUUCCUUCUUCGGUGCCGCAAGAUCUUUCAUUGAAACCAAGAAAGACCAGAGGAACCAAGGGAGGAGGACCGUCUGCUCAUGAAGAGCCUUCAGACGCUCCAGUCUCUCCAGAGGGUGAUGAUGAACGGGAUUCGAGUGAUCGAAGAAGUCGAAAGAUUGCAAGUCGUGGUUCGAAACACACAGACUGCGAAUCUGAACAUGUUAAGGGAUUGCGAAAGUCGAGUGGUUCUUCAAUGACGAGCGAGUUUCAACGCCAACACUCAUCGAAUUGGCCCCCUGAUCUCGAACACCGUGGACGUCUUCAGUCUCCUCGCCGUUUGGUGGCUGGAGGAACUUCAAAAUCGAGUACAGCGUCAACGAAACCGCCAACCGAACCAAGAGGGAACGGCGUUCACGAGUUGGAGACUCCUCAAAAUUUAGGUGGAACGAGUCAGACAACUACAGGAGGAUCCUCAACACCAUCGAAGGGAUCAAGUGAGACACCACUUACUUCAAUGAAUGACGAGCAACAACAGUAA